UGAAUUAACCUGACAGUUUUAAGUUGAAGAAGUGUUAAAAUGGCUAAUGCAGAUUUUAGAAAGGACGUUUCAAUGCCUGUUCGCCCCAGGAGCGUCUAUACGGCACACUCAUACAAUCAGGAAGAGUCGAACUUAUCAGCCUUUCAAGAUUACAGCAAGUUUCUCGAGGGUGGGUUGGGCCAGGCAGAGCUGGUCGGCGCCACCGGUUGGCAGCCACCGUGGAGGGCUCCUCUGCAGCGCAAGGCGCCAUUCUACCCCGGAGAUGACAUCUACCACGCUGAUACCUGGAGGGAGUUGGAGGUGACCGAUGUGGUUGGUGGAGCGGGCUAUAACGCUUCAGUAACUCCACACGGCACUGUCUGUUUGCGAUUGAGGGACAGAGUCAAGGUGGACAUGACAAUCGACGGCGCCGUCCGAGUGACCAACGCCAAGAACAACAUCAUCCUGGCCUUGUCCAGGUCAGGAGCGGCAGCUGCCCUCAUACACCCCAACGGGAGAGUGUACCACUAUGGAUCCAGGGUGGAGAUCCAGGCGCGUCAUGUGCAAGGGAAUAACAAGUACGCCAAGAUGUGGUACAAGGGUGUUUCAUUUACCGCUGAGCAGUGCGCCCUGGUCUACUUGGUGGACGCGGCUGGCACCAGGACCACGACGGACACCUUCCUGGACAUGAGCCAGGACUUCACCCUCAACGUGUUUUACAACGAAUCCCGCCACGGCCCGUCAUAUGUGAACGAAGCUUUAUCUCUGCUCCAAGCUGCCCAGUACUGGCUCACUGACGACGGCAUAGACAACUGGAUAAUCAACAAUGUCCGAGUCAGUCAGACAGCCGACGGAUUGGUCAGGAUCCACCGCUGCAGCCACAAGUACCAGCUGCGCACGAGUCCAAGUAACGGGUCUGCUUCCAUCACGAGCCCCUUCCUGCACUGCACUGCAUCGUUGGGCCAGACUCAACACUUGUUUGUGAGGCGCGGCGAGAGGCGAAUGCAUUUCGACGGCAACUCGUUCAUCGUCCGCAACGCCGGCCACUCUGCCGGCUUCGACGACAAGAAUCAGCUGAAAGUCUACUGAGCAAAUUACGGCACCAUCACCCCUUAUGUUUAUUAGUAAGACUUUACUAACCACUAUGGCAAAGGCACCAGAUGUAUCAGCUGUUUUUCAAUCUUUGAUGUCACGUUCUACAUUAUUAUCUCUGUCAAAGUCGUUAGUGGAUCUUUUAGUUCAUAUAUCUCUUUUUUCUCAAUCAAUAGAUGGUGAUGCAUUUACUUUUCUCUAGUGAGUUAUUACUUUUUUUACAAUCAUUAUCCGUGCGGUGUGUUGUAUAGAAGUACAAGCCAUUUUAAACUUUGAUGAGUCUGUUGCGACCGGAGUUGAUGAAUCCUCUUGUCUGAAACCGUUUGACGAUUAGCGAUAUGUCUUUUGACAUCAUUAGCAAAUUGUAUUUCUUUGAUAUUACCUUUUUCGGGUAAGACUAGAAUUUGGUUAUAUUUAGAUGACUUAUCUGUAUUUUUUUUUGUAUAUUGUGCUGUUUCUUGUUGUCGUAUGGCUCAUCUAAAUAAUAACCUAUCGGGGUGAUAAUAUUUGUGUUGAGUCGAUCAAAUUGUUUCAGACAGAUGUUUAUAUCUCAGCUCUGGUGUGUAAUGCAGUCUCUGCUCUCUUAUUUACCGAUGUUGCCAAUAUACCUAAUAUAAUAAUAAUGCUAGCAUGUUCUAAUUUUUCUCUAGAUUUGUACGAAACGCGUGGUCGAGUCGCAAUCAAAUUGGACGGUGUUUUAACUUUUAUUUAAUAUACGCUAGUGUGUAAAGCUUGCAUAUAGUUUUUGAUAAUUUUAAUUUCCCCUCAUUCUUCAGUACGACUGCCGAGUUGCUGUGUUUUAUAUGGACUUCGGCCCGAGUCAUUGAGAUAGUAAUUAAGAUUACAGUUUGAUGAUCAAGUGUGAGAUCACCUCCGGCUGCAGAUAUGACUACAAUUUUUUUAUUUCCUUGAAUUUUGAACCGCUUAAAUACUUGAUUAGUGAACCCCCAGUGUUGAACGUUUCUGUUUUAAUUAUCUUCUUUAUUGAAAUAGUUGCAAUAGCUCAAUGUGCAAGUGCUGAAAUAUUAACAGUGCGUUUAUCAAACUUGUCGCUUUGUGACGAAUAAAUUGUACUGUUUAAAUCUACAUGCGCUUCUAUGAUUAUAUCGUUAAUUUGACAGGCGUCGCUAACUAUACGCCGCGUCGCCUCGACUUCAGUAUGAUUAUUCAAACCGUUUGUAUCAUGUUUUGAAGUAUCUAUUAAUCGUUUUUACGUGCCAUCGGGUCGAAAGGGUAGCUUGGCAGUGUUCGUACAUUCAACUAUCGGAUCUUUGUCUGGGCGUUCCGACUCACCGCCGUUUCUUUGCUUAACGUGUAAAACGUCAAGUACUAUGUUGUAACG